UGAGCUCUCUUACGUGCCACCACAAAAGGGUGAGAAGCUUAAGCUUUUAGGCACUAAUGAAAGCGACGCAGAUUCAGAGGAUUCAGAUUUCAUUCCUCAGAUUAUCGACAGUUACUAUGAUCUAGAUGGUGGAGAUGACGAUCUAUAUGAUGACUAUGUUGAUGAUCUUGAUAAUUUGAAGGGGAAGCAAGUGGCAGAACCUUUAGAGGACUCUGAAGAAGAUGAGAUUCAGUUACCUGAUUCAGAUGAAGAAUAAGUGAGGUUCAAUUUCAAAAAAUUCAGAGAAGAAGACAUGCACAACCCAGAAUUCUAUGUAGGCCAAUUGUUCUCAUCUAUUGACAUGUUGAGGAAAGCUAUAAAUGAAUAUAGUUGCAAGAACAAAGUUGACAUAAAAAAACAACCAAUGAGAGUACAAUGCUGGGUGCAAAGUGUGCAGAAGAAGGUUGUCCUUGGUACCUUUGGGUUUCUAAGGAUAGCAGAAUAAAAUCCCUCAUGGUCAAGAGAUAUAAUGGAGAGCACACCUGCGGGAAGAAGUGGAAGGUCAGGGCAUUCACUUCAAAAUUUCUAGCUGACAAGUACAUUGAGUCUUUUAGGGCAGAUGAAAACAUGAACUUGAAGAAUUUUUCAAGAAUUGUACAAAAAGAAUGGAACAUGACACCUUCUAGGAGCAAAUUAUGCAGAGCAAGAAGAUUGGCAAUGAAAGCUAUUUAUGGAGAUGAGGUUGCUCAGUACAAUCUUCUAUGGGAUUAUGCAUUUGAAAUUAGGAGAUCCAAUCCUGGUAGUAGCUUUUAUCUCUCACUAGAUAAAGAAGGAAGGUUUAGCCACUGUUACUUUAGCUUUGAUGCUUGCAAGAGAGGCUUUCUUGCAGCCUGCAGGCCUGUGAUAUGUCUUGAUGGUUGCCACAUUAAGACAAAAUAUGGUGGGCAAUUGCUAACAGCUGUAGGUAUAGAUCCAAAUGAUUGUAUAUUCCCAGUAGCUUUCGCUGUGGUUGAGGUCGAAGAUACCUCAACAUGGAGCUGGUUCCUCACAACACUUAAGCAAGAUCUUGGAAUCGUCAACGCCGAACCAUGGACCAUAAUGAGUGACAAACAAAAGGUUCUGUGUGAGGCAUAUGUGGCAAAAUUUCAAUGUACUAUUUAAAGGAGAUGUUUUGAAGAACCAAUUAUGGAAAAUUGCAAGAAGCAAUACUCUUGUGCGCUGGGAAGCUACCAUGGAAGAGAUGAAAGAAAUAAAUGAAGAUGCAUACAAAUGGCUUGAAGAGCUGCCACCUAACACUUGGGUAAGAGCAUUUCAGAGUGACCUACCCAAGUGUGACAUCUUGCUUAACAAUAACUGUGAGG